AUGUCCGUUGGGGAGGAGGAUGCGCAGGCCGCGAAGAAACACCGCUGGGAGGGGCUGGGGGGAAGCGGCGGCGGCGGCGCCUCGACAACGCGGACGCGGUGGAGCGCGAUGACGCCCCGCCAGUACGGCUCUGAGACGCCGCGGGUGCUGACCGCGCUGACCGCGGAGCAGUCGACUUGGCGUGGGAUGGCGACGCCGACGGCCACGCAAUACGCGGGCGAUACUGUUCCAACCCCCCGCUUUGGCGGCGGCAGCACCCCGCUGAUGAUGGCCACCCCCACGGCGACGGCAGGGGGAGGGGACGGCGGCGGAACGCCGUCGAUGAUGCGGAUGGCGACGGGGGGCGGUGCUGGCGGGGUCACCCCCGCCUUUAUCGGCGGUGCCACGCCGUUCAUGGCAGGAGGGGUCACCCCUUCCGCCGGCGUCGCCUUCGCGCAGACGCCGAAUUACCAGUUUGAGGGCACCACACCUAAACAGUCACAUUUCGCGACGGCGGAUAGUCAGGCGGCCUCCACCGCCGCGAUCGAGUUGCGCGCUAAAAAGCUCGAGCGUGAGUGGCGUCAAAAGAACAGGCGCCUUACCGCAGAAUAUCUGGAUAACAUGUUGCCGACAGAAUACUUUUCCGUCGUUCCCAUUCCAGCCGAUUACAACCCUCCCCCGCCAGAGGAACCCAAUUUCUAUAUUAUGGCAAGAGAAGCGAUGAAUGCGGAUAUGUUAGCGUCAGGACUUGCUGGAAAUUUGCAUGGAGAAGUUCCCAACGGAGACGGUAUAGGCGUCGCUUCGACCGACCCGUUGGCGGUUUACGAUAUUCCAGAAAACCUCGGUGAGGGAAUGCCAAGUAUGCGCCCGGAGGAUGCAGCGGUUUUUGUAGAGCUCCUCAAGUAUCAUAACGUUGAUACCAUUCCCGAUGACGACCUCCCUUCUUAUCUCUUGAUGAAAAACCUGUUUAAGAUUAUGAACGGCGACACUGGCCAGCGUCGCAGUGGAACAAACUUUCUUCUUGAAAAGUCCCGUUUUCUCGGGAUCAACUUCAUUCUCCAGCGGAUGUUCACGAUUUGGAGUGCGAACAUUAUGGGGUUGAGGGAAACUCAUAAUUUUAUUGACUUUAUUAAGGCUCUUAUUUCCCAUCUCGGCACCGGGGUGCGGGGCUCCACGAAAGAGGUGAUUCACCUCAUGGAGCCGCUGCUCUCCGCGCAGGAACCCACCACGCGAGAGGAUGGUCGGCAGGUUUUGCUGCUUCUUACGCGCGUCGUAGGGUAUAAAGCGAUAUUUCAUGCGAUUAAAGUGGAUUUUGCGCAUGAGGAAAGCAUCGUACGGCGACACACGGCGAAUGUGGCGGCGUUAGUGGGGUUUGCGGUCGGUGUGGAGGAGCUUCUCCCGGCGCUGCGCGAUUUAUCAUACGCGCCAACGGCGCUCGCGCGACAGACUGUGGCCCGCGUGCUUUCGGAGCUUGCCGGGCUCGUCGGGCAUGGGAUGAUGCCCUCCCUUCCUGAAGUCGUCGCCAUUCUCGAGCGGCUUAUACGCGAUGAAAAGCGUGUGCGGAACGACGCGGCGUUAGCGGUGGCGAGCGUGGCCGAGGCGGUGGCACCGUAUGGCAUUCAAGACCUCGCGCCCGUUGUCGAAGUGAUUACGGAGGUUUGUCGAAAAGGCAUAGGAAUCUCAACCGCGCCGUAUUUAAAAGCCUUCGGCUCGUUGGUGCCCUUGAUGGCGCCGUACGACGCCGAGGCGCGGACCUCCGCGAUGAUGCCAACGCUUGUGAACCAAUUUAACACCCCAGAGGCGGAGUAUCGUCGAGUGCUCCUGCAAGUCGUGCGGAAUUGUGUUUCCGCGGAUGGUGUCACCGCCGCGUUCAUACGCGAGGUGAUUUUGGAGCCUUUCUUUGAGGGAUUUUGGCAGAUUCGUCAAGUCGCUGCCGAUCGCAAGACCUCCACCAUUCUCAUCGAGACAACUGUGCAGUUCGCGAAGAAGCUCGGUAGCGUGGAUAUCCUGCUAAAACUCGUACGGGAUAUGAAAGAUGAGAACGAGCACUACCAACGCAUGGUGAUUACUGCCGUGCGGUGCGUAAUCGAGGCCGCAGGUACGGCAGCCGCAGAGGAUUCCUUAGUAGCCUUUUUGUUGGAUGGUGCGAUCGCCGCAGUCCGGCAAGAUGAGAUCGGCACGAAUCGCGUCUUCUCCGCGGGGUUGACGUCAAUUUGCAAUUCCCUUGGCUCGCGGCUGCGCCCGUAUUUGAAGCAGAUUUUUGAUUUAAUUAAUCGUCGCCGGGAGAGCCGAGAGGCGGCGGUGCGUGCGCAGGCCGCGGGGCUUAUCGCGAGCAUUGCGCAUACUGUAGUGCUCGCGGAAGGCACCAUUUUCUUGCAAGAUGUCGGCCGCAGUUUGUAUGAACGUUUAGAAGAUGACAACGCGCUUGCCUUGAGCGCGAAUUUGCGCGCAACCCGUGCUCUUUUACAGGAGCUCGGCUCACGAAGCUACAAGCCCUCCGUCCGUGAGCUCCUGAAGAAGCUGACCUUUGUGAUAAAGAACCGUUAUAAUAUUGUUCAGCAGAGCGCCAUCGCGCUCAUUGAGGAUAUUGCCACGCACCACGAAGACGACGUCGAGGCGAUUCAUCUCUACGAAUUGGCGACUAAAGGGUUGUUUGAGCUGCUUGACGCUGAGCGUCGGGAAACACGGCGGGCGUGUACGCGAACUUUUGGGGUUAUCGCCCGCGUUAUUCGUCCUUUCGCGAUUAUCCUCGAGCUUGUGGAUCAGCUUAGUCAAGAUAAGCGGAAGAUUCGUGUUUGUACGGCGGUAGCGUUGGCGUCGAUUGCGAAGGAAUGCGGUCCAUUUACCGUCAUUCCGUAUCUCCUUAACGAAUAUAAGCUAAGUGAGGGAAAGCAGGUCGCUGUUAUCGUUCAGCAUGCCAUUUUAAAGACUAUUCGCUAUAUCUUUCAGAGCAUCGGCCCUGUCGGCCGGGAUUACGUACAUACCUUGAUUCCGCUCUUUGAGCGCUCUCUGACGGAAACCAGCAUUCAAAUGCGGCGUAUGGCUGUAGAAGCCUGUCAGGCCGUUAUUUUAUCCGUUGCCGGACAGAACGAUUUCGAGGACGUUGCGAUCCAUUUACUUAAUUUCAUCCACCCUAACAUCGUGGAGUUGCUUUCCAAGAACGAAACGCACAUAUCGGAUGAACGGCUGAAGAUGGUAACUGCUGUAGUAAGUUAUUACGAGGCCUCAAGGCUCGUGCUCGGUAGUGGAAGACUAUUGCACUACUUAUUGCAGGGUCUCUUUCAUCCAGCGAAGAAGGUGCGUGAUAUUUACCGCCGUACGUAUAAUAUGAUUUACAUCAGCAGCCCUGAAGGGCUGGUACCGUACUAUCCGCGUGUGGCUAAUGAUGAAAAGCACACUUUUGAGCGGCAUGAGCUAGAAGUUCUUGUAUAG